GCGUGCAUUCGUGGUUAGUUUCGAGGAUGCGUUGAAACAAUUUGGGAGUGGGAUAUCGUAUGUGUUAAUGACCGAGAAAAUCACAUGUUCGCAGGUGUCUAUGUAAAAUAUGCUGCGGCUUUAUACAUUCUAACAACAGAACAUUAUUACGGCAACUCGCAUUACGUAUCAUAACGGAACUGGUGUCGGAAAUUUAACGCUAUCUUGUAACCGCCAAAACUAUAGACGGAAACGCCAUCUUGUGCGUUGAUGUUGACAUUUUCACACAUUGGACAGUAUUCAUUGUUGAUUGUGCUGUGCGUUUUAUGUGUUGAAUAAUAUGUCAAUAUAUGUGCAACUCAGCUGAACUGAUAAUAAAUUUCAUGAGGUGAUUAAAGCUAGAAGAAUAUACGAAUCAUGUUUUAUGCACAUUUUGUGUUGGCCAAAAAAGGGCCUUUAGCUCGUAUAUGGUUAGCUGCUCAUUGGGACAAAAAAUUAACAAAAGCACAUGUAUUUGAAACCAAUAUAGAAAAAUCAGUGGAUGGUAUAUUACAACCAAAGGUUAAAAUGGCUUUGAGAACAUCUGGUCACCUACUAUUGGGAGUAGUACGAAUUUAUUCAAGAAAAGCCAAAUAUUUGUUAGCUGACUGCAAUGAGGCUUUUGUAAAAAUCAAAAUGGCUUUUAGGCCAGGAAUGGUAGACCUGCCUGAAGAACACAGGGAAGCAGCUGUAACUGCUAUUACUUUACCAGAAGUAUUUCAUGAUUUUGAUACUGCUAUGCCUGAGCUUAAAGAUGUUGAUAUUGAAGCCCAAUUUAGUUUAAAUCAAUCUAGAGCAGAAGAAAUAACAAUGAGAGAAGAUUAUGGCAGUUUAUCUUUAGUCACACAUGAUCAAGGUUUUGGUGAUAUGAGUUUUGAUGCAGAACCACCAGAGUUACUAAGACAUGGGAGUACUAUGGAGCCUUCAUUAGAUCAGAGUCACAUGUUGUUCAGUGAUGGACCAGGAAUAGAAACAGCAAUAGAACAAAAAGAGAAAGAGCCAAUAGCAGGUACAUCAUCCACAACUCAACCUAUGGAUAUAGAUACACCCAUUAGAGAUGAUGGUUUUGGCGGUCAUCUUGGCCAGGAUAUCAUAUCGGGUGGUCUUUUUGAAGGUGGUUUAUUUGAUGAAGCUCCAAUGGGUGAAGUACCUGUACCUGAAGUUAGUUCAAUAACUGAACAGCAAGAAACAGGUGCAGCUCCGGGUACUGCUGCUUCUGUUCACGAUGAAUCUGAUGAAGAUAUGGGUGAUCAUUUUGGUGGACCUGCAUCUCCAAUAGGAGGCAUGAGCUCUGACGGCUCUAGACCAACUACACCAGUGACAGCUGGAGAAGAAAUUGAAGGAAGAAUAAGCGUCGCCAGUCGUCGUUUCACACCAGCUCCACCAGCUAUUCCGGAGGAACACGUUAUUGACAACAUAGAAGAACCACCACCAUUACAAGAUCAAACCACAUUGUUACAUGACGAAGAAGAAAGCUUUGCAUUAGCUCCGAUUGACGCAUCUGCUUUAAAAGGUUUUACGAAAGCUAAGCGUAAACGUAAACUCAUUGUCGACGAAGUAAAAAAUAUUUCUGGUGAAGAAAUGAAGGCACAAUUGUCAGAUACUACUGACAUCAUUACGACGUUGGACCUGGCGCCACCAACAAAAAGAUUAAUGCACUGGAAGGAAACAGGCGGUGUAGAAAAGCUCUUUGCUCUGCCGGGAAGGCCGAUCCCAGCUCGUGUUCUCUUUAAAAAUUAUCAAAGACACCUAACUAGUAAGUCAUAUGAUCAUGAAGACUUUGGGCGACUAGUAACUGAGGAAGACAGUAUGCCUUUGGAACAAAUGAGAGAUGCUCCAGAAGCAGAAACAUCUAAUUAUGAUCAAAGCGUUCUCAAUAAACGUAUGGGACGGAAACGAAAAGCACCGCAGGAUGAUGAGAUAAGGCCUCCUCCACCACCACCUCAACCACCUCCAGCAGAAGUUAAUCAAUCGUCAAUAAAAGAGACAGUAGAAGUACCAAGCAUAAUCCCGCAACAAAGUCUUCCAUCUUCGGAGUCGCCUGUUCCAGCCGAAGUACCUUUACCAGUGGAACCAUCAGUUUCCGACAUUAGCAUUGUGCCUUCCGUGGAGACACCAGAGGUGAUACCACCGACUUCUGAAGCACCGUUGCUCACCUCAGAAAUACAACAAAUCAUGCCGGCUGAAGUUAACUCGAUACUCAGCACAAAUGAAGAAUUGCAAGUAUCACAAGUACCGGCACAAGAAGCCACCGCUACCGUACAACCAUCCGAUAUGCCUCAAAUGGAAAACAUGGGUUAUGAUCAAGCGCAACCACAAGUUUCGUAUAUGGGGUAUGAUGAACAUCAUCCUCCGGCACAUACACCGGGUGCAAUUUCUGAGAGAGGACCCGCUACACCCUGGAAUCAUGAAGAUUAUGAGUUCCCACCGUCCGUAGGACCUCAAGAAGAGCAGCAAGUGGAUGAGACCUAUGAACAAUUCGAAGAACGUGUUCUCAACAAGAGAGCAGCGCAUAUGUAUCAUGUUAUUAAGAGCAAACUAGAUACCAAAGAUAAGUUAACACUAUCAGAAAUGGCAUUUAAGAAUAACCGCAAACAGGUUGCACAGAAAUUUUAUACACUGUUAGUUCUGAAAAAGUUUCAAGUACUAGAACUCAACCAAGAAUAUUCAUAUGCUGAGAUUACAGUUACAAAAGGACCAAAAUUCGAAAAUCCUGCAUUAUAAAG